AAACAAAAGAAAAAGAAAACCCUAGGGUUUUCCGCCGCGGCCACGGAGACCGUCUCCUCCCCCUUUGACACCUUCAAUCCUCGGCCAUGGCGCCUGUCAAGAAGGCGAAGAAGAGCACUGAGAGCAUAAACAACAGGCUCGCUCUCGUGAUGAAGAGCGGGAAGUACACCCUCGGGUACAAGACAGUCCUUAGAUCCCUCCGCAACUCCAAAGGGAAGUUAAUUAUAAUUGCUAAUAACUGCCCUCCACUUCGCAAGUCUGAAAUCGAGUAUUAUGCAAUGUUGGCAAAGGUUGGAGUGCAUCAUUUCAGUGGCAGUAACGUUGAUCUUGGAACAGCCUGCGGCAAAUACUUCCGUGUAUGCUGCCUCAGCAUUAUUGAUCCUGGUGACUCCGACAUUAUCAAGAGCAUUCCUAGAGAACAAUAAGAGAAGCACAAAACAUAUGCUGGCUCAUAUGUUUGACCUGGGCUUAUCAGUAUUCCGAAUCUGGUUUGUCUUUAAAAUGUUGCUAAAUGAUAUCGCUGUCGAGAAUAUAUAUAUAUAUAUAUAUAUGACAUGUUUGUUUAAUCAUGCCUUGUUGUCAUAUAUAUAUGACUUUAAAAUGUUGUUUCCUUA